GCACGCAGCGUCAAAUCAUCGCCGACCAUGGCGGAAUGUGGUCGAGUUGACAGCAGCAACACAAGUAGUCACACCAUGGAUAAAAGCAUUACUCUUCCGCCCGACGAAAUAUUCCGCAAUUUGGAGAACGCAAAGCGCUUCGCAAUAGACAUAGGUGGAUCUCUGACCAAGCUUGCCUACUACUCAACUGUACAGCAUAAAGUGGCCAAAGUACGAUCUUUCGACCACUCCGCAAAGGAGGCUUCAAGUGACAAGUUGUAUGAAAUAUCAGUGCAGGAGGAGGUCACUGCACGCCUGCACUUCAUCAAGUUUGAAAAUGCCUACAUCGAAACGUGCUUGGACUUCAUCAAAGACCAUCUGGUCAACACAGAAACGAAAGUUAUCAAAGCCACGGGCGGAGGGGCGCACAAGUUUAAAGAGCUGAUUGAGAGGAAACUGGGACUCAAAGUGGACAAAGAGGAUGAGAUGACCUGUCUCAUCAAGGGCUGUAAUUUUGUGCUGAAGAACAUACCCCACGAGGCCUUCGUGUACGCUAAGCACGCUGACUCAGAGUUCCGCUUUCAGACAACAAAUCCAGACAUCUUCCCUUACCUCCUUGUAAACAUCGGCUCCGGGGUCUCGAUAGUUAAGGUUGAAUCAGAGGACAAAUUUGAGCGAAUAGGCGGAAGCUCAAUAGGUGGAGGGACGUUCUGGGGACUUGGAGCCUUGCUCACCAAAACAAAGAGAUUUGAUGAGUUGCUACAGUUGGCGUCAAAAGGGCAGCACACCAGUGUUGAUAUGCUCGUCAAGGAUAUAUACGGUGGAUCUUACGGAUGUUUGGGCUUGACUGGAGAUCUUAUUGCGAGCAGUUUUGGGAAGUCGGCUACUGCUGACAAAGAGUUUUCUAAAGAAGACAUGGCCAAGAGUUUACUCCACAUGAUCAGCAAUGACAUCGGGCAGCUGGCCUGUCUGUAUGCCAAACUCCACAACCUGUCCAGAGUGUACUUCGGAGGCUUCUUCAUCAGAGGACACCCCGUGACCAUGCACACCAUCACCUACAGCAUCAACUUCUUCACCAAGGGUGAAGUUCAGGCUCUGUUUCUAAGACAUGAAGGAUAUCUUGGAGCAAUCGGAGCGUUUCUAAAAGGAGCAGAGGAAGACAAUCCAAACCAGUACAGCUGGGGUGAGAACUACGCAGGAAGCUCAGGCCUGAUGAGCGUUUCUCCAGAUAUGAAUCCCAUGCAACGUGCUCGCAGUGGAACGUUUCCCUUUGACAUGUUGGAGAUGGACCGUCUGGAGAGACAGCUGGUGAAUCUGCCUCUACUGCAAGACGCUUCCUCUUACAUCCCCGACACUGUGGACCUCACAGAGGACGCUCUGGCUCGUGAAUACUGGCUCUACUGCUUUGAGGAGGCCCUAGACGGGGUGGUUAAAAGAGCUGUAGCAAGCCAACCCGACAUGCCGGAGGCCGUCGCCCGAGCUGAGAAGUUCCGUCAGAAGUACAGACACAAGCUUCAGACCCUCCGCAACCAACCAUUUGCUUAUGGAUCCCUCACUGUCAGAAGUCUGUUAGACACGAGGGAACACUGUUUAAACGAGUUCAACUUUCCUGAUCCCUACUCUAAGAUUAAACAGAGGGAGAAUGACGUUGCCCUCAAGUACUACCAGAAGGCAGUGCAGUCCUUGGAGGAACUGAGCUGGGAGGAGAGACAGUUCGCCCUGGUCAGGGGCGUCUUGGCUGGGAAUGUUUUCGACUGGGGAGCCAAGGCCGUGUCAGAUGUCCUGGAGUCUGACCCUGAGUUUGGGUUUGAGGAGGCUAAACGGCAGCUGGAAGAGCGACCAUGGCUUGUAGAUUCCUAUGACCAGUGGUUCGAAAGACUAAAGGGUCCUCCUCAUAAGUGUGCCUUGUUUUUCGUAGAUAAUAGUGGAGUGGACAUCAUUCUAGGGGUGAUGCCUUUUGUCAGAGAGCUUCUCUCUCGAGGAACAGAGGUUGUGUUGGCCAGCAACUCUGGUCCAGCUUUAAACGACGUAACGAACGGCGAGCUGCAGAUACUCACGGAAAGAAUCGCUGCUAUGGAUCCUGUGAUUGAGGCUGGCCUGAGGGAGGACAGGUUGACAUUGGUUCAGAGCGGUUCCAGCUCCCCCUGCCUGGAUCUGAGCCGCCUGGACAAAGUUCUGGCGAUGGUGGUGCGGGAGCGCCAGACGGACCUGGUGAUCAUCGAGGGGAUGGGCCGAGCCAUUCACACCAACUACUACGCCAUGCUCAGCUGCGAGAGCCUCAAGAUGGCCGUCAUCAAAAACUCGUGGCUGGCCGACCGAUUGGGAGGAAAGCUCUUCAGCGUGGUGUUCAAGUACGAGGUACCGCACGGGAAAACCUGCUUGGGAUCUGGAGCGCUGACGCCCUCGUGAGCGCGCCAGAGCCCCGGACAGGACGCGGACGUCGAGCAGCCAGGGAACGGUUAAGGUGGAGCUCCGAAUGUAAAAGAUCAUAUUCUGCCACUGAGUGAAUGAAUGAUUGUAAAGCUGACUGUUAAACAUUUUUUUCAAGGGUGAUCAUUAAUAGGGAGACUUUUAUUUUAAUGCAUUAUAGAUUUUACCGUUGGUUUCAUGAGGGUUGUGGUGUUCGAUCUGGAAAGAGGAAGAGCGGCUGGAGGUUUGACUUUUUACAGUCGGUAAAGUAUUCAAUGUGCCUUAAGGCUGAUGGAAGCAUCAUACACUCAGUUUGUUUUUAAUUCCAGGCUACAAAACUACCCAAAUAUCUGCUUUUACUAUAGACUAGGAAGUAUCCACAGAUUAGUUGUUCUUCAUUACUGCCAGCCAAUGAACUGAAAUUAAGGAAUGAAUCAUUGUCACUGUCACUUGCUGUUAAAGUGAGAGAAGACGAGAGAGAAGCAGCACUUUAUCACGUUCUAUUAAAAUAAAAUUAGCUUGUGUUCCUCCACAAGGUGGCAGUAUUCUACUGUGAUGAUGUGAUUUUAAAAAGAAAACGUUUAACUCAAAUCUUUCCUAAGGUGCUUGGUGUCAGAACUAACACUGCGUAUUUCAGGUUAAAUAAGCUUCACAUGGAAACUCGUGUCUCUUGGUUGGCCGCGGCAUGAGUCCAUGCGUUCAUUAUGAUUAACUGGCAUGAACAAAACACACACACUGUAAUCCAACCUUGACUCAAAAAAUGCAUUUGUUUGAAGGCAAUAAUACUGAAGCAGCCCAGUCGUAACGAACAUCAAACACUGUGUUAUUGUGAAGUGGCUGUAUCGGUAACUUCAUCGUAAAUGUCCAAACUCGAGGCAGGAUCAGAUCUGCUCUGCUUUGGUCUGAAAAUAUCUCCCAAAGCUACAGUUGCUUGAUUGUCGACUUGCAAUAUUGUAUUUUUCAUGUGUACAUAUGUGUGAAAUACAACUGCGUGUAUAUAUUUACAGUAUAUAUAUAAAAUUCAAUUGCAUCAGUUCAGUUAAGCACACCAAGCACAAUCUUGUGUGUUAUUCUCCUGACAAUCAAUUUUAAUUAAAUGGUGAAAAUCUU